AUGUGUUUUUCAUAUCUAAGCAAAAAAAUCUGAACAGGUCACAUGAAGUAAUGUCACUGGGUGGAGCCUGAUUAAAUAAGAUCCGUACCAUUUCCCGAUAGCUUCAGACUAGGGGUUUUUUUUGGUGGCUCUUGUUCAUCCAGGAGAGAAGAAGCUGAGAAAGGUAAUUUGCGAUGGAGACUUCUCUGGUCAGGGGUUACGUCUUGCUGUCUUUUCUCGCUCUGGCUUUUGCACAGAUGUUUGACCCAUUGCUCAGCGAGCCCUGGCUGAACUGGAAAUCGUAUCAUGGGAGAGAGUACAUGCAGAAGGAAGACAGCUACAGGAGGGCUGUGUGGGAGAAAAACCUCAAAACAAUCCAGCUUCACAACCUGGGUUACUCGAUGGGAAAGCACUCGUUCGAUCUGGCAAUGAAUCAGUUUGGUGACAUGACAACUGAGGAGUUCCAUCAACUGAUGAACGGAUUCCAACAGCCUGAUACGGAACACUUAACCAGCACAAAGGAUGUAUCAACGAGACCCAAGUCCCUCAAACUUCCAGGGAGCGUAGACUGGCGCGAUAAGGGUUACGUCACUCCAGUGAAGAACCAGGGUGCUUGUGGCUCGUGCUGGGCGUUCAGCUCCACCGGUGCGUUAGAGGGACAGACCUUCAAGAAGACGGGAAAACUGAUCCCACUGAGCGAGCAGAACCUGGUCGACUGCUCCCAGAAACAGGGCAACCAUGGAUGCAAUGGGGGGAUGAUGGAUCGCGCCUUCACCUACAUACAGCAAAACAAUGGGAUUGACACAGAGGCUUCCUAUCCAUACACUGCAAAGGAACACCCAUGUAAUUACGAUCCCAGGCAUAAUGCAACCACUUGCCAUGGUUACAGGUAUAGCGAGCAGUAUGACGAAAUGGCAUUGGCUGAAACUGUGGCCACGAUUGGGCCGAUAUCGGUUGCCAUUGAUGCCAAGCACAUUUCUUUCCAAUUCUACAAAUCCGGCAUUUACCAGGAGCCACGUUGUCAAAGUUACAAUAUCAACCAUGCCGUGUUGGUGGUGGGCUAUAACAGUCAAGGUGGAAACAACUACUGGAUUGUUAAAAACAGUUUUGGAUCCAGAUGGGGCAACAAAGGCUACAUCUGGAUGCCUAAAGACAAGAAUAACCACUGCGGAAUUGCCAGCUACCCCACCUACCCCUUGGUGUAAGGGCAAGGCUUCCAGGCGUGCAGACAGGAGGGGCCGAGGAUAAGACCCUCCAACAAAAUUCCACUUUAUAAUGUUAUACAUGUUUCCAUUUACAGCGGUGUGAUUGUGUGUUGAUUAUAUAGGAGACCAAUUGAACCUGUUGACUCAAGGUCUUCAUUUGCCAGGAAAUUUGGGGCCUGACAGCAAGAAAUUGUGUUGUUGCUGUCAGGCCAGAUUAUCCACUGGAAUAUUCAGAUGAAUCUGUUCUGAAAUUUGAUGUUGAAUAUCACUUUGAUGGCUGAUAUUAUAUGUGCAUUAAAAUUGUCCAAAGU